ACAAUGGUUAUUUAGAACAAAAAUGGUGGUUUACUCAAAAAUUAAAAGAUUAGAGGGGUAAUACGGGUAUUUUGCGCGCAAAACCUAUUCCCUUCUCUGCAAACGUGUUUCUCCUCUUAUCGUUUGGUGCAAGCCUUAUUCCAUCCUGCUCCCAUUCGUUUUCUGCCAUUCAGCCGCGCACACCACCGUCAACCAGCUCCACUCCGCCGUUCAACCGCCGCUCACGACCAGAAAAUUAUAAAAUCAAUAGUGUUGAUGAUUUGCCAAUAUGAAUAAGUUAUUGGACUAUGGAAGGAAAGCCCUGUUUUAUGUCAGGGUACUUUCUGGAUAUGAAGAGCGAAGAAUACGGUCUUUUAGGAUGCAGCUUGAACAACGUGUCCUACAGGCACAAGCAAGGAAAGCAGCCAUAAAUAAAGUACCUGAGCAGAUCAUUUUAUCUGAAGUUCGUCGAAUGGUUGAAGAGAUGCAAGCUUUGAACAAGAAGCUGGAAGAAACAGAGGUAGCCAUCGAAGAAUACUUCAAGCCUCUUGACAUGGAGGCUGAGGUUUUGAUGAAGAUGCAACUUCAAGGGGAAGAAAACAAAUCGGAGAUGAUGAUGAAAGCACUGCAGGAACAAGCCAUGCGUCAAGAAGUUGAGGCAAGAAAAAGUAGAAGUAUGCAUCAAACAGACAACAUUGAAACUAACCAAAAUGCAUCCGAGACUCUGGUGAAAACGUGUAUAGGCGAGGAAGAAAAAACUUCAAAGGACAGUGUGCAUGAAGCAGACAAGGAAGAAAAAACUUUGAAACUUUGAAGAACAAACUAUUUGUAUUAUUUAAAAUUGCAUCUUGAGAUGCAAUCAUGUUAUAACAUUAACCUUUGUUUUUUGAGGUAUGGAAUGGUUAAAUAAUAAAUUUCCUGCAUGUUCUAAUUCUAAUAAUACAUGUAAAACAUGUAAAUUUUGUCAUAGUA